AUCACUUUCAUCAUUUCUCAUACUACUGAUAAUCCAUUACAUCCUAAUCAUACUGUAAUUUGUUCAGCCAUUCCCCAAAUGUUGAGUUGUUGGGUACACCUUAAUUUUCAUUUCUUAGCUAUCACUAAAAGCUAUCACUAUAAAAUUUUUUAUACUUAGGGCUGCCAUCUUCCUUUUUUUUUUUUCUUUUUUUUGAUAUCAUUGAAAUAUAGGUCUUACAAGUUUCACUGGGUCAAAGGGUAUAGUUUAUUGCUUUCUAGAAUGUCUUAUAAAUCUCUCCUUAUCAAAUUUUUUUUCUCUACUGCAUGCCAAUUAUUUCAGGUCUUCCCCAUCCACAAACCUUCCUUUAACUUCUUCCAUUCUAUUCUAAUUUAUUUUCUGUUGUCCUUUUCUCAAUACUUAACUCCUAGAAAAUCAUCACACAAUCUUGUUAUUCCGUUUCUGCUUUCUUCAAUCAACAUCAGUUCAUCUUCGUGAAGUGCUGAAUCAUUUCAAAGAUGUUUAAUAAAUCAUUUGGAACUCCCUUUGGGGGUGGCACUGGUGGCUUUGGCACAACUUCAACAUUUGGACAGAACACUGGUUUUGGUACCACAAGUGGAGGGGCAUUUGGAACAUCUGCAUUUGGUUCCAACAACAAUACUGGAGGCCUCUUUGGAAACACACAGACUAAACCAGGUGGCUUGUUUGGAUCAAAUUCAUUUAGCCAACCAGCCACCUCCUCCACAAGCACUGGCUUUGGAUUUGGAACAUCAACAGGGACAUCAAAUAGCUUGUUUGGAGCUGCUAGUACCGGAGCAAGUCUCUUCUCAUCCCAGAACAAUGCCUUCGCACAAAAUAAACCUACUGGUUUUGGAAAUUUUGGAACAAGCACUAGCAGUGGAGGUCUAUUUGGAACCACAAAUACAACUUCCAACCCUUUUGGUGGCACAUCUACUUCCCUUUUUGGACCGAGUAGUUUUACAGCAGCUCCUACUGGAACUACCAUAAAGUUUAAUCCUCCAACUGGCACAGAUACUAUGGUCAAAGCUGGAGUUAGCACUAACAUUAGUACCAAACACCAAUGUAUUACUGCUAUGAAAGAAUAUGAAAGCAAAUCACUGGAGGAACUUCGUUUGGAAGAUUAUCAAGCUAACAGGAAAGGUCCUCAGAACCAGGUGGGAGCAGGUGCCACCACAGGGCUGUUUGGCUCCUCUACAGCCACCUCCAGCACCACGGGCCUCUUUGGAAACUCCACUACUAAUGCAGGUUUUGCAUAUGGCCCGAAUAAAACUGGCUUUGGGACAAGUACUACUGGAUUCGGGACAAAUACAGGUAGUCUCUUUGGUCAGCCAACUCAGCCAACCACCAGCCUCUUCAGUAAGCCUUUUGGUCCAGCUGCAACUACCCAGAAUGCUGGCUUUUCAUUUGGGAAUACCAACACUCUUGGACAGCCAAAUACCAACACGAUGGGUUUAUUUGGGGGAACCCAAGCCUCAUCUGGAAGUCUUUUUGGGACAGCUACAAAUACGAGUGCUGCUACCGGAUUUGGAACAGGAACAGGCCUCUUUGGGCCAACCAACACAGGAUUUGGUGCUGUUGGUUCGACCCUGUUUGGCAGUAACAAGCCUGCUGCAUUUGGAACUACUACAACCAGUGCUCCUUCGUUUGGUACAACCAGUAGCGGGCUCUUUGGUUUUGGUGGAAGCAAUAGUGGGAGUAGUAUUUUUGGAAGUAAACCUGCACCUGGUACUCUUGGAACAGGACUUGGAACAGGCUUUGGGACAGCUCUUGGGGCUGGGCAGGCAUCUUUAUUCGGAACCAACCAGCCCAAGAUAGGAGCUGGGACCUUGGGCACAGGAGCUUUUGGAACCCCUGGAUUUAGUGCUUCCACAGCCACUUUGGGUUUUGGUGCUCCUCAGGCUCCUGUAGCUUUGACAGAUCCGAAUGCUUCGGCUGCCCAGCAAGCUGUUCUCCAACAGCAUAUCAAUAGUCUGACAUACUCACCAUUUGGAGACUCUCCUCUCUUCCGGAAUCCCAUGUCAGACCCCAAGAAGAAAGAAGAACGCUUGAAACCCACAAACCCAGCUGCACAGAAGGCUCUGACCACCCCUACACACUAUAAACUGACUCCUCGCCCUGCCACGAGAGUCCGACCCAAGGCUCUUCAGACAACAGGGACAGCCAAGUCCCAUCUCUUUGAUGGACUAGAUGAUGAUGAGCCAUCUCUAGCCAAUGGAGCUUUCAUGCCCAAGAAGAGUAUCAAGAAGUUGGUUUUAAAGAAUCUCAACAAUAGCAACCUCUUUUCUCCUGUUAGUCGGGAAGCUGAAGAUCUUGCCUCACCAUCAGAUUAUCCAGAGAAUGGGGAGAGAUUUAGUUUUCUCAGCAAAGCUGUUGAUGAAAACCAUCAGCAGGAUGGAGAUGAUGACUCUCUUGUGUCACGUUUCUACACUAACCCCAUUGCCAAACCCAUCCCACAAACCCCUGAGAAUGCAGUAAAUAAACACCAUAGCAGUGUGGAUGACUCCAUUGUCGUGUUAAACAUGCGUGGUGCCUUACGAAAUGGCCUGGAAGGAAGUAGUGAAGAGGCCUCUUUCCAUGAUGAGUCUUUGCAGGAUGAUCGAGAAGAAGAAGAGGAAAGUGCUUAUCAGAUCCAUCCAGCAGGCAUUGUUCUCACCAGAGUUGGCUAUUAUACAAUACCUUCUAUGGAUGACCUAGCCAAAAUUACCAAUGAAAAGGGAGAGUGUAUUGUAACAGAUUUCACCAUAGGUCGAAAAGGUUAUGGCUCGAUAUAUUUUGAAGGAGUGGUGAAUUUAACUAACCUCAACUUGGAUGAAAUUGUACAUAUUCGUAGAAAAGAAGUCAUUGUCUAUCUGGAUGAUGAGCUGAAACCUCCUGUGGGAGAAGGCCUAAAUAGGCGGGCCGAAGUUACUUUGGAUGGAGUUUGGCCAACUGACAAAACUUCUCGUUGCUUAAUAAAGAGUCCUGAACGAUUAGCUGAUAUCAACUAUGAGGGCAGGUUAGAAGCCGUUUCACGAAAACAAGGUGCCCAAUUCAAGGAAUAUCGACCAGAGACUGGUUCUUGGGUGUUUAAGGUUUCUCACUUUUCAAAGUAUGGCCUACAGGAUUCUGAUGAGGAUGAGGAGGAGCAUCAAUGUAAAGCAGAAGCCAAGAAGUUGAAAACAGCUCCCAUGCCUCCUGUAGGCCAACCAGUACCAGUACAAAUGGCUCUCAGUGGCAAACCUGCUCUUCCAUCCCAGAGCCAAAGCCCAGAGGUGGAACAGCUAGGGAGGGUUGUGGAGCUGGACAGCGAUAUGAUAGAUAUCACCCAGGAGCCAGUUUUGGAUUCCAUAGUAGAAGAAAUCAUCCCUGAAGAACAAGAGCCUGUAUCUGCUUCAACACACAUUGCAUCUUCACUGGGUAUUAAUCCACAUGUCUUACAGAUCAUGAAAGCAUCUUUGCUUGCUGAGGAAGAAGAUUCAGAUUGGGUCCUUGAUCAGCGCUUUGGCAAGCUUCCUUCCAAAGUUGACUCUUCUCAAGAAAUCUGUUCUCCUAGACUUCCCAUUUCAUCAGCACACCCACCAAAAUCCCGAACAUUAGUUGGUGGUUUACUACAGUCUAAGUUUACAAGUGGAGCUUUUCUCUCUCCAAGUGCCUCUGUGCCAGAAUGUCGAAAUCUCAGAGCUUCAGCUUUAACAAGUGCUCCUUCUACAUCUCCUUGGUCAGUCCCUCCACCACUGGCCCCUGUGUUUGCAGUGCCCACCCCAGCGCCUGAGGUUCAGUUAAAAACUGUGGGUGUUCGAAGACAACCAGGUCUUGUUCCCCUGGAAAAAUCUGUCACCUGUGGCAAAGGAAAACUCUUGAUGGAUAUGGCACUCUUCAUGGGACGUUCAUUCAGAGUUGGCUGGGGCCCCAACUGGACCUUUGUGAAUAGCGGUGAUCAACUAAGUGGAUGUCAAGAAGCUGGAGAUCAUCACAACACAGAAUCUAUGGAAUAUGGAUUCCUGCCUAAUCCAAUAACUGUCAAAUCCUUAACAGAGUCCCCAUUCAAAGUCCACGUGGAAAAACUGAGCUUGAGGCAAAGGAGGAUGGAUAGAGAUUUACAAUUAUACCAGACUCCCUUGGAGAUCAAGCUUAAGCAUAGCACUGUUCACGUAGAUGAGCUGUGUCCUCUUGUGGUCCCCAAUCCUGGAGUAGCCGUCAUUCACGACUAUGCAGACUGGGUGAAAGAGAUAUCAGGAGACUUAGCAGAAUCAGAAACUGUAGUAAAGCACUGGAGCCUGGCAUGGACACUGUGUGAAGCCAUCUGGGGUCACCUGAAAGAACUAGAGGAUCAGCUGGAUGAACCCAGCGAGUAUGUGCAGAGCCUGGAACGCCGAAGGGCUUUCUCCCGCUGGCUGUCACAGACGGCGGCUGAUCGCAUUGAAGAGGAAGUAGCCCUGUCCCGACAAGACAGUCCCAUUGAGGCAGUCUUCAGCUACCUCACCGGCAGGAGAAUCAGUGAGGCUUGUCGCUUGGCUCAGCAGACAGGUGAUCACCGACUUGCCCUUCUUCUGUCCCAGCUUGGGGGCAGCCAGCCAGUACGGGAGCUGCUCACCAUGCAGCUUGUAGAUUGGCACCGGCUCCAGGCAGAUUGCUUCAUCCAAGAGGAUCGACUACGCAUUUUUACUCUUUUAGCUGGAAAACCAGUGUGGCGACUCUCAGAACAGAAGAGUAUCAACGUAUGUUCCCAGCUGGAUUGGAAGCGCUCAAUUGCAAUCCAUUUUUGGUAUCUCCUUCCUCCUACUGCUUCCAUUUCCCAGGCUCUUAGCAUGUAUGAGGAAGCAUUCCAGAAUACCUCUGAAAGUGAAAAAUAUGCUUGUAGUCCCCUGCCUUCAUACCUUGAAGACUCUGGCUGUGUCUUGGAAGAUGAUGAUACUAGGAGACCUCUCAGAGAUGUGUGCUUUCACCUGCUCAAGCUCUACAGUGAUAGACAUUAUGAUCUGAAUCAACUGUUGGAUCCCCGGAGUAUAACCUCUGAUCCUUUGGACUAUCGCUUGAGCUGGCACCUCUGGGAAGUUCUGCAAUCCCUGAAUUAUACCCACCUGUCAGAGCAGUGUGAAGGUGUACUGCAUGCCAGCUAUGCUGCUCAGCUUGAGAGUGAAGGACUGUGGGAAUGGGCUAUCUUUGUCCUACUGCAUAUCACCAAUACAAAUAUGCGUGAGAAGGCAGUAAGGGAGCUACUCACUCGGCACUGCAGGCUGUCAGAAACCCCUGAAUCCUGGGCCAAGGAGUCCUUCUUAACCCAAAAGCUAUGUGUGCCUGCUGAGUGGAUCCAUGAGGCCAAGGCUGUGCGUGCGCACAUGGAAUGUGACCAGCACCUGGAGGCCCUCUACCUAUUUAAGGCUGGACACUGGAACCACUGCCACAAACUUGUGAUCAGGCAUUUGGCCUCUGAUGCCAUUAUUAAUGAAAACUAUAGCUACCUAAAAGGAUUCCUGGAAGACUUAUCCCCCCCAGAGCGCAGCAGCCUUAUUCAGGACUGGGAAACAGCUGGACUAGUUUAUCUGGAUUACAUUCGGGUCAUUGAAAUGCUCAGCCAAAUUCAGCAACUCGAUUGUCCAGGCUAUGAAUUAGAGAAAUUGCAUACCAAAGUGACCUCACUUUGUAACCGGAUAGAACAGAUUCAUUGCUCCAACGCCAAGGACCGAUUGGCCCAGUCAGAUAUGGCCAAACGUGUGGCCAAUAUCCUUCGGGUUGUUUUGAGCCUUCAGCAGGCCCCAGAAGGAGCCCUGGAUUCACCUGCAGACCUGCAGCGUGUCCCGCUGCGGUUGCUGGCUCCCCACAUUGGCCGGCUCCCCAUGCCUGAGGACUAUGCCUUAGAGGAGCUGCGUAGCCUCACACAGUCCUACCUCCGAGAACUGACUGUGGGGAGCCAGUGAGCCCCCGGGCCUCCGCCCCACCCCACCCCAUCCGCUUCUUGUGCAAACGCUGGUGCGUGUUCUAUUUGGAUAAUUCAUUCAUUUGCCAUUCUCCUGGUCUGGGAAAGGGAGAGGUGAUACUGCCCCCACUUCUCAUCCCCCUACUGUACACAAUGUCCUCCAGGGCCCGCCAGGGCCAUUUUCUGGGGAUAGGGAGCAGCAGUGGGGUUUUUAGAGCCCCAGGUGGGAGUUCAAAUCUCCAGUGAAGUCACAGUUGCUGUUGUUUUGUUGUGUUGGGUUUUUAAAUGGUCAAUAAAGCACCUUGAGCAGACUCCCCUCAACAAGCAGGGGGCCCCUCCAACUCCAAGCUUUCAUUUCCAUUCGCUAUGGGUCCUAUGUCCUUUAGGGAUGGGGAAACCUUGCUCUCCAAGGAAUCAUUUGCCCUGUCUCUCAUUCCACCACAUCCCAUGCAUUGCUGACCUCCUGUAGCUUGGGAACCAUCUUGAGGUUGUUUCUUUUUAAACACUGAGAUUUUCGCGCUUGUGGGCUAGAACAGGUUGAGUGAAGGAAUUUAACAUGAAUCCUCUCUGACCUCAGCAUAGUGCAGGGGCUAAGUCCUGUAGUGGAUCCUUGGGCGUGGGCUAUUUUGUCACCAGUCUGGGAAUGGAGUCCCACCCCUGUUGCCUAGAGGUUCAGAUUGCCAGUCAUAAUCCUUGACAGUUCUGGGGUAAUUCUCUCUCAUUCACCCCUAACUGUCUCUAUCCCUAGCAGGUCCUUAUAAACCAGUCAGCCACUCUUGUUUUCUCAUACACUUUAGAAGCUUGUCAGGUGGCCUUCACCCCUAUUCAUCCUCCCCACUUGCUGAAUGUAUCAACGUGUAAUAUGUCUGCUGGACCUCUUGCCAAAGCAGGGAGUCAUUAGAAGGUGGGGGAGCCUGGAAACCAGAGACUUUCCCACUAUCCUCCCCACAUGCACCCACACACACUCACACACACGUCCGACCAACUUGUGACUGACUGCCUCUCCCAUGUACAUGUAGACUGGUCCCUCCAUCUAGUAGCAUCUGAAGUCAAAUGAAGACUGUAUGUGCCGUACCCUUAGGGGAGGAGAGGAGGCCCCUGUCAGACAGCUGCUGGCCCAUGGGAAAUCCCAAAUAACAGACUGGGGUAUCUGGUGUCAGGUACUGCUGUGAAUAGCAGCUUUACCCAGGGUCUUUAUGCAUGAGGAUUAUGUAAAGGUUUUUAUUAAAACAUAUAUAUAUAUAAAUAAAUGAUCUAGAUUAUUUUCCUGUCUGUUUUUCUGAAGCUACUUUCUUAAAAAAAAUAAAUAAAAUGUUUAUCACAUUCCUGGA